CUUUACGGUAUCUAUCCGCCCGAGAUUCAGCCGUUCCGUGAUCACCUGGCAGAAACAGACCGAAAUGACUGACCAGGGGCUGACAGACGACGCGGUCACCGCUGCGUGUAAAGAAGGAAACCCUAUCACUAAAGACUUCAUGAUGCAACAGACAAUGUUGCGCGUUAAGGAUCCUGUUAAAUCCCUGGAUUUCUACACACGCAUCCUCGGAAUGACGUUGCUCCAGAAGAUCGAUUUUCCUGCCAUGCGAUUCACACUGUACUUUCUGGGUUAUGAGGAUAAAUCAGAGAUCCCCGCUGAUGUGAAGGAGAGGACGGCUUGGACGUUUUCUCGUCGUGCCACAAUAGAGCUCACCCAUAAUUGGGGUUCAGAGACCGAUGAGAGCCAAAGUUACCACAAUGGCAACUCAGAUCCACGAGGCUUCGGUCACAUUGGAAUUGCUGUGCCAGAUGUGUAUGCUGCUUGCAAACUGUUUGAGGAGCAGGGAGUGACAUUCGUAAAGAAACCUGAUGAUGGUAAAAUGAAAGGCUUGGCCUUUAUUCAGGAUCCUGAUGGUUAUUGGAUAGAGAUUCUCAGCCCCAACGGCAUGGUGCCCAUCGCAUCUUAAAGACUGCUCUAAUGCUGUGACCUAAACAUUAAAGUAUAGUUAUAAUAAAUUACGGACGGUUGGUUGAUCAGGAAAGGGAACUGCUCUGUUAACAGCAAAGUAGUAUGCAAAGUAAAGAGAAAAUGCUGUCUAGGGUGGAGUUUAUUUUGUGAAUUUUACGUACGAGCCUAUAUUUUUGAAAUGGCAUGGUGUCUAACUUUAUAAUUAUACCUAUUGGUUUAAAUAAAAAAGGAUAUGUUUUUUUGAGUCA